AUGAAUUCCAACGAAGGCGUACAAGAUGUAACUAAGCUUACUCUUGCGUCAAUGGUAACCCGUAGCCACUCAGAUUCAUCCACAUCGAACUGCAAAGUAUAUAAUAUCGACCAUGGAAUUGAUCGUCUUGUUGUCAAUUUCUGCCAAAAUGCCCCAACUGAAACGAAGAGCAAGUUACCUGGUAACUCCUGUUCUGAAAGCGAUAGUAGUAACAAGACAUCCUGUAGAUGGUUUGGAUGCAAUAAUAGCUUUGAGUCAACAGAAGAACUAAGAGAUCAUCUUCAAAAAAUUCAUAUAGAUACUCAUGAUGUGGAAGCAAAAUAUGCUUGCCUCUGGCAAGGUUGCAAGGUGUACAACAAGCCCAGUGUAUCACGUAAUUGGCUGGUUCAGCAUGUUUGUAAACAUACCGGCGAUAGGCUUAUUAAAUGCUUAAUUGAUGGAUGUAAUAUGACUUUUGCUACUCAAAAUGGGUUAGCUAGGCAUGUACCGUCUCACUUUAGUAACAAACACCAAUCUGGUUCUAAAAAAUCAAAUACCAAUGAUCAGGCGCUGUCUCAAAUAACAAAUCAUCAAACGACUUCAAUGACCAAGGCUAACCAUGAUCUUUCUUACGGUCUAACAAGUGGCCAUAGAAAUCGCCUGAAAAGAAGACGAUUGCAUGCACUGGGAGUGCCUCAGAGCUCCCCCGUUCAAAUGUCAGAUGAUCCUUUCGAUGAUAAGGUUAUGCAAGUCCUUAAACAAAGAAUAUAUCACGCUGCCGAAAAUGUCGGAUUAAUGCUGACAAAUAAAAUUACUUUUCGAAGCCAGGUUAUCGCAAGGCGGUAUCUUGAGGGUGAUUCUGCUGUAGCCUGUGGGACGCGAUGCCAACUAUUACUCCGUUGGUGGCCAACAAAUAUGUUAGAAGAUGAGUGGAUUCAUGAAAGUGAUUUGCAAAAGUACGAAACCAUCUCAAUUUCUACCCGGAAUUUACCAUUAAAUGGACGUCUUCGUUUUGGUGAUUUCUACUGUAAAUUUAGGUCCAGAAAGGAAUAA